CAAGCUGCUCCCAAAUAUCCUCACCAUGGCCGAGGCAAACAAACCCUAUCCUCCUCCCGGCCUGCAGCACUAGACCGUCCGCUCCACAUUCUCUCCGUGUGCGUGAGGUGACGAACCAACAAUGGCCUUGGGGACAUGCUUCAGAGUGUGGGCUCUGCACGCUCCUGGCAGCAAGGACAGGCUCCUCGUCGGCGGCGGCGGCAGCAGCAGCUUCGUACCGUCCAAGAGAACCGCCGCCGCCGUCGGGCCGUUGUCGACCGGCCCGGUCGCCACGCGGCGGCCGCGCCUCGUCUGCCAGUCCAAGAACGCCGUGGACGAAGUGCUGGUGGCUGACGAGAAGAACUGGGACGGGAUGGUGAUGGCGUGCGAGUCGCCGGUGCUAGUGGAGUUCUGGGCGCCGUGGUGCGGCCCCUGCCGGAUGAUCGCGCCGGUGAUCGACGAGCUGGCCAAGGAGUACGCCGGCAAGAUCAAGUGCUGCAAGGUGAACACGGACGAGUCCCCCAACGUGGCAUCCACCUACGGCAUCCGCAGCAUCCCCACCGUGCUCGUCUUCAAGGCCGGCGAGAAGAAGGAGAGCAUCAUCGGCGCCGUCCCCAAGUCCACCCUCACCACCAUCAUCGACAAGUACAUCGGCAGCUGAUCUCGUCGCUCACUAUUGCUACCUACCUGAGAUUAAUAAAUACAUUAAUACAUAUACGUGUCCAUGCUCGCGCGUAUACAUGUAUUGUUAUCUAUACGGAUGCAUGAAUGAUCCGUCAGCCUUGUGUUACCGGAUGCAUGUCGAAUCAAAAGUCGAUGAAUUAGUUUCAGUGCAUGAAUGAUUUCAGU